CUCACCGUUACAACUUGACGUGUUUGCGUGAUGAACGAAAUUAUGGAGAUCCAUAUCCAUAGAACGAUAUCAUGCCUCAUUAUGGCUGUGCUUUUUUUGUUAUGGGACUAUUCUUCAGCUGAAGGCCCACGAGUCCGUCUAUUCUCUGCUACAGACUUCAUGCUUUUCGAUAGCAAUGACCUUCUUUAUUUUGAAAUCUUACAACCAAAGAACAUAAGUUAUAUCUACAAGGUUAAACCAGCGAAAAACUUCGGAACCAAAUUUGAAUUAGAAUUAGGCACUGUAAACCUUGUUGCUGCUGAUCCUAUUGAUGCUUGUCAUUCAGUUGACAAUGGUAAGGCUCUGUGGGGGUCAAUAGCCUUAGUUGAAAGAGGGGGUUGUUCCUUUGUCUCCAAAACCAAGACAGUGGAACAUCAUGGAGCUAUUGCUGUAUUUAUAUCAGACAAUUUACAGUUUGACAAUGCAGAAUCUUUAGUGGACAUGAUCCAUGAUGGAACAACAAGAGAAGUCAGUAUUCCUGCUGGAUUCAUCUUGGGAUCUGAUGGGUAUCACAUCAAGCGUGGAAUUGAAGAAGCAGGAAUGGAAGCAGCGGUUAUAUCAAUUCCACUCAACAUCACUACAAGUCCACAUCUUUAUACCAGGCAACCACCUUGGUCGUAUUGGUGAUACAGAUUUUUUUAUUUGGAAAUUUUGACAGAUAGUCCACUAAAUAUAUAUUUAGAAGUACGGCUGUCAGUAUUUUGUGGUGCAGCUUAGAUUGACAUUGUAUAUAAUAUAAAGGCAAGUUUCUAAAGAAACUGUGGUGAUGCACUAGUGAGGGUAUUAUAAGAUAGCACUAGAUUCUGAAAAAAACAAUGCUUUACUAUGCUAUUUUAUCUUUCUAGUGUUAAAAUGUUUUCUAUUGUAUGCUUUAAUUGUUGGAUACACAAACUUCUGUAGUUUAAGGAAGUUCAGCAUAGCAUAAUACCUUUUAUUAGGCCAUCAAAGUGUUAUUUGGAGGCCUCUAUUUAGUCUCCUGUCUCCCAAGUAGUGUUGAUUUGUUUUCCAGAAACCUAUACACAUAGGAUUCUACAAAUGUACUAUGUAUGGAGUUUGCUUUUAUUUAUAAGACAUGGAAUACAAAUACAUCAGAGAUCUGUAUUGUAUUAUGAAAGGAGGAUAUUUUGGGAACUUGUUCUUGGUGAUAGUUUAAAAAUAGCUGCAGCUUUCUAAGAUGUCAAAUGUCAACUUUUGUGCUCUCAUGGAGUUGGUUGACCUGUAUUUUUGUUUUGAAAUAAUUGGACAUUUUAGUAAGCUGAAAGAGGAGUUUUUCAAUUCUGAUGAUAUGUACCCCCAAGAAGUAGUAGUAGUAGUAGAAAUGAUUAUUGUGGUAUGUUAAGCUGCUUUUUGCCAAAAUGUAGGCCUUGUCAAACGUUAUGGUCAAAGUAGAUAUCUUACAUAUGUAAGAAAUAAGAGAAACGUCAUGGAUACUAAUACAGAAGAUACAAAUCAGAUAGGCUUAUGAAAUCACAAUGAAGAUGCUGAGCUUGUACUUAAUAAUUAGAUAAUGCAGUUAAUAUUUUGACCUCAGGAGCAUUGAUCAUGUUGUGUGGUCUUCUGAUUUAGGGUCCUUAGUAGAAUUGUUAUCAGUAGUAGUGACUGACAUUUUGUCAACCUGAGCAGAGGUCAUAAUUAAAGAUGACAAACUAUUACUAA